AUGGAGUUGUGCAAGGCAGAUGUACUUGAUGUUAAACUACCCAUAAAACAACGUAGUAUCCCGGUGAAAGAACAAAAUGUGCAGUGGAAAGAUGUAGCUGGAAAAGAAGCCAAAGAGAUCCGAGAGAGCCAAAAGCCUUUCGAAGACGCGAUUGCUGAAAAACGGAACAGAUUACGACUGUUAGACAACUAUAGCAGUGCUUUCUCCAAUAACAAGAUCAUCCACCUUAAAGAUCUUCCACUGGUUUCCUACAAUGUCAUUGCUAUGCGAGAGACCAAAACCCAGUUUGGAGAAAAGUAUAUUAUGUUACUAGCGACAAACCAGAACGGAAUGCUAGAACUCUGCUAUUCCUACAAUUAA